AUGGCAGACUCUGAGUUGGAGGAGAUCAGGCGAGCUCGGCUUGCACAGCUUCAACAGGGCGGUCCCCGCGGAGGACCCAGCCAAGAAGGUGGCCAGGAUGAACAGCGCAAGCAAGCUGAAUCUGAACGCCGCGCCUCCAUUCUGAGCCAGAUUCUCGAACCCGCCGCUGCAGACCGUCUUGGUCGUAUCCGUCUCGUUAAGGAAUCGCGCGCAAACGACAUCGAGAGCCGACUCAUCAUGCUGGCCCAGACUGGCCAGCUGCGACAGAAAGUCUCUGAGGACCAACUCAAAGAGCUACUUAACGCUGUUGCCGAGAACCAGCGCAAGGAAGAGGAGGAGCACAAGAUCGUGAUUACCCGCCGCAAAGGCGGCUGGGACGAUGACGAUGAUCUGUUUGACCUAUAA